ACACUUGUCUGAUGAAUAUUAUCUGAUGUUGACUUGCAAUUUUCCAUAUCAUCAGAGUUUUACUAUUUAAAAUCUUUUAAUUGUUUUUAAGAUGUUCACCCAUAGUGAUGUAAUUUUAUUGCUUGUGAAGAAUCCUGUGGACGUGUUUGAUGAGACAACGCGUUUACUAGUAAAAAUUGCUGAUAAUAUCCUUAAAAAUCCUGAAAACACCAAAGUAAGAACUUUGCAAAAAUCUAAUAACACAAUUGCAAAUAAAAUUAUUAAAGUUUCUGGAGCAGUAGACUGCCUGAAGUUUAUGGGAUUUCAAGAGAAUGAAGAUACUCUAACAUUGCCAUUAACUAGUAAAUUAAAUAAUCUGGAAUUGUUAAGGAAAGAACUUAUUAAAAUGAAGGAGGGUGGAAAGUGCAGUAUUAUGGAUGCAAGCAAACCAAGUUCUUCUAAAGAAAUUAUUCAACCUAGUGUAAUAAUUAACAAUGGAAUUCCAACAUAUAGUGCAUCUGAAAUACGUUUUUUAGAUAACAUAAAAAAAGUUAAUUUACCUUUGUUAGUGCCUAUGUUUACAAAUCAUUUUUUAAGCAGAGUAGAGCAGUAUUUCCAUAUGGCUUUAUAUUUUGAUAAUGAAUAUCUUAAGGAAAGAGCAAAAAGCUAUGUACCUUAUGUGGAAUUGCAAUUGAAGGCACAGGAAAGGUUUAGACAGAUACAAAAAUUAGUGAAAAGCGGUAAAAUGGAAGAUCCGCUAAUUGAUAUUCAAGAUGCUUUAAUUUUGGAAUUAUUAGUUUGGUUCAAGAACGAUUUUUUCGAAUGGGUCGAUUCACCUGAUUGUGAAAAAUGCGACAGUAAAACGAAAUUUUCACAUAUGAGUUCUGAUCCAAAGCUGUUAACGUACACGGACAAAGUUGAGGUACAUAUUUGUGUAAAUUGCUCGCAUCCAAUGUUGUUCCCUCGAUACAAUGAUUUAAAUAUUUUGCUAGAAACUAGGAAAGGACGCUGCGGCGAAUGGGCUAAAACUUUUACUUUGAUAUGUAGAUCGUUAGGAUGGGAUGCACGAUUUAUCGUUGACGAAACCGAUCAUGUUUGGACAGAAGUUUAUUGCCAUAGUCAAAACCGUUGGAUGCAUUGCGAUCCUUGUGAAAACGCGUACGACACACCGCUUAUCUAUGAAAACGGUUGGCAAAAGAAAGUUUCUUAUGUCAUGGCUUAUUCCGGUGAAGAUUUGCAAGAUGUGACUUGGAGAUAUACCAGCAAUCAUAAAGCUGCACUUGCGAGGAGAAAAAAUUGUACGGAACGAGAACUUGUAGAUGCUAUUGUCCAACUGAGACAGAUGAGACAGAGCAGCUUGUCGGACAGUCGAAAAAAAUAUUUAAAGAAUCGACUUUUAAACGAAUUAGUAGAAUUGAUGUUUGAAAAAAAACCAACAGAUAAAGAUCAAGCCGGUCGCGUUUCUGGUUCGUUAGAUUGGAAAUUAUCGAGGUGCGAAAUUAAAGAAGCCAUUGGUUAUGUUUGGAAAAUACACCCGGUACAGAUUGAAGGCAAUCAAUUAAUUUUGCAGUAUUCGUGCGCAAAAGAUGCGUACGAGUUAAUAUCGAAUGGUGAGGUUAUCGAAAGUGUCACUGGUUGGUCGAAUGGUUCAUUUUUAUCUAGCGGAAUGUUCAGGAAGGAAGAGAAAGACUGGAAAAUGGUUUAUUUAUGUCGAAACGAAUCUUCAAAGGAAGGCGCACUAAGUUGGAAACUUGACAUUGAGGAUGAAAGUCUUCGUUUUCAAUCAGUUAAAGUGGAAUUGGGUCAUAAGCUCUAUGAAAACGGAAAUAUUGAUUUAAAAGUUGAAAAUCAAGUUGUGGAUUUAUCAAAAUCUGAAAAUGUGAAUAUUCCGGGAACAAAGUCGGUUUUAAUUUCUGCAAAUUUGAGCGGUGGAAGAGGGGAUGUGUCUUGGCAACAUGCACAACUUUUUAGGCAAAAUGAGACUUCGGAUGAUUUUCCAAUGAAAUUUGUUUUUACAUUUGCUAAAGUGUAAUAUUUAGUAACGGUCGUUUAAAUCGGAGGUUACGUGAUUUGAAAAGAGUUUUCAUUUCACUUAUUUUCAACUUUAUUCAUCUCAAACAAGCACGAUCGUUAUUACGUAUUAAAUG